CCCGCCCUCCGGGGGCGGGCCUGAGCAGGCCGGCCAAGCCAGGCGAGGGACGGAGGCGGGGAUGGUGCCGGCCGGAGGGAGAGCAGCCUGCCGCUCGCGCGCCGGGGCGCCCUGCCCGGGAGCGGGGCCUGCCGCCGGACGGGGCGGACGCUGUUGCUGCUGCUGCCGCCGCCGCCGCGCUUCUUGCCUGGAGCGGCCGGGCGAUUGGUGGAGGAGCGCGGUGGCCUGGGCUGCCGCCGAGCGUGUGCCUGGACGGAGCGGGCGAGGCUGAGGGGCAAUGCCGCUGCGACGACGGGGCGGGCGGCCAGCAUGGAGAGACUGGCGGCGGCGCUGGGGCGCGUUGCGUGGAGCCCGGGACCGCCGCUGCCGCUCGACCUCAUCGUGGCCAAGUGCCGCCUGCCUGCCCUUGUGCGCCCCGGGCCCGGAGAGUCCAUGGAAGGGGUGAGUGAGCAUGAUGUGCUUUUCGUUCAUUCCUGCCGCCAGUGGACCACGGUGACAGCCCACAGCCUGGAAGAGGGACACUACGUCAUUGGGCCCAAGAUUGACAUCCCCCUCCAAUACCCAGGGAAAUUUAAGCUGCUGGACCAGGACAGGGACGUCCGGGAGCCCGUCCAGUACUUCAACAGUGUGGAGGAAGUGGCCAGCAUCUUCCCAGAUCGAGUGUUUGUGAUGGAGGCCAUCACCUUCAGCGUCAAGGUUGUGUCGGGUGAGUUCAGCGAAGACAGCGAGGUGUACAACUUCACAUUGCAUGCAGGGGACGAGUUGACGCUCAUGGGGCAGGCAGAGAUCCUGUGUGCCAAGGCUGCAAAAGAGAAGUCACGCUUCAAUACACUACUCCGCAAGCUGGGCAAAGCAGGAGGCCCUGGCAGCAACAGUGGUGGCAGCAGCGGGAAUGGUGGCGGAGGUGGUGGCAGCAAGCAGCUGAAAGGCAAGAUGCCCUGUCUGAUCUGCAUGAACCACCGGACCAAUGAGAGCCUCAGCCUGCCUUUCCAGUGCAAAGGGCGCUUCAGCACUCGCUCCCCACUGGAGCUGCAGAUGCAGGAGGGGGAGCACACCAUCCGCAGCAUCAUUGAGAAGGUCCGGCUGCCCGUCAAUGUGACUGUCCCCAGCCGCCCGCCUCGCAACCCCUACGACCUGCAUGCCAUCCGCGAGGGCCACUGUUACAAGCUGGUGAGCAUCAUCUCCAAGACGGUGGUGCUGUGCUGCAUCCUCCGCAGGGACGAGGUGGCACCUUUCCACUUCCUCCUGCUCACAGACAUGCCCCGUUUCCUGCUGCCAGAGGGGAUGUUGCGUGGAGGUGGAGAUCCCCAGCUGGAAAAGCUUUUGCAUGAGUGUGCUGCCCUCUGCCAGGAGUGCUUUGACCCCAAUGAAUACUCCAAGGCUGUGCGUGAGGCCAAGCCGGACUUCUCGGAAGAGUGUGCCAGCCCGCGUCGUGUACGGCUCUGCUUGCAGGGCUAUGCCCGUGACGAACUGGCCCAGUCCUUCCAGCGCCUCUCACUCUGCCUCUAUAGCGCCACUGAGAGUGGCUGCCAAGACUCUGCCCCAGGAGGGAGGAGCCAGCGAUUGCUCCUCCCCUCCCGUCAGGAGCACUCUGCCCAUCUUACCGAGACUUCAGACUCUGAGCGCGAGUACAUGACGCCCGACUGGGCUGAACCCACAUUCCGGACUCAGGAGCUCCCAUAUGAGGAGCUGUGGACCAAUCAAAGCACUGAAAACUACUCAGAACCCAGCAGCAACCUGCCAGGAUUGGAGAGUGCCAACAAGGGCCAACGGGAUCUUAUCUCCUUUGCAAGCAUCUCCUCUCCACUCGGCUCCUCACGUUGCCAAGGCUACCUGAAAGCCGAGCCUUUGGGGGAGAUGCCUCCCCCUGUCCCACCGAAAUCUGAAGCGGUAAAGGAGGAGUGCCGCCUUCUCAUUGCACCCCCAGUACCCCCACGGGGUAGCCACCCGUCUGCCUCUUCCAGCCCUCCAGUGCCUCUGCACUUCCCCAAGCUCCAGCCGGCUGCUUCGCCCAGCUCCAGCCUCUCCUACUACUCAUCUGGACUACACGACGUUGUGUCAAGACCACGGAGUGGUAGCUGCUCCCCGUCUCCGGACUCCUACUCCCUGUACUGCUAUCCUUGCACGUGGGGUGACUGCAAAGCUGGGGAGUCUUCUACCCGCCAGCUCUCCAGUCCCCAGGCCCAACCACAGUCUCCACCCCAGCCCGCCCAGCUGUCUUCAUGGUCAGAUCCGUGGGCCUAUAGCGACCUGGGAUCUAGCGUGGCGACUGGCCGAUCCACCCCUCUACUGGGAAGCAGCGACUCCUCCACCAUCAAGAGCUACCACAGCUGCCCCCGCCUGAAACCUCCCCAUCCUCAGAAACGCUUUGCCCCCUUUGGGGCACUCAACCCAUUCUCCAAUCCGGCCUACUCCUCCAGCCCAGCUUCCUCCAGCUCCUCAGAUUGGUUGGAGUCCCUCGAAUGGCAGAAGCCCUCUGCAUCCUCUCCAGAGACCUUUGACCCCUUUGAGGGUAAUUCCUCCCCCGAAGGGGAGCUGCACUACAGUCCUGCUCCCCCUCCUCGGCCAGCAAAGGCCUUUGAGGCAACUGAAAAUAUUGUCAUUCGUACGGCUGUGGCUCCAUUGUCUCCUACCAUUGUUCAUGGUGCCGAGGGAGGGGUCACCCGCUUAUACUUGGCCCAGGGGGUCAUUGAGGUGCCACCUGCCCGGCUCAAUGGGGAUGGCUCACCCUGGCAGCCCCCAGCCGACCUGUCUGUGCUGUCACUCGAGGAGGUGUCCAGGUGCCUGCGUUUCAUUGGCCUCUCCGAGGAUGUGGUCACCUUCUUUGCCCGUGAGCGUAUUGAUGGCAGUAUCUUCGUACAGCUCACGGAGGAGAUCCUGUUGGAGGACUUCCAUCUCACCAAGCUUCAGGUCAAGAAAAUCAUGCAGUUUAUCAAGGGCUGGAGGCCCAAGAUCUAGAACGUCUGGGAGACCUAGAGAGCAGCACAGGGGAUGGUUCCUCCCUGGAACCAAGGGAGGUGAGAGAUAUGAAUGGCCUUCAGCAAAGAUGCUAGGCCAGCAGCAGAUGAUAGC